GCCAUAGCACGCGCGUCAAGAAAGAACGUAUUUCGGGGAUGGCGAUCGCGUCUUUAAUUAGCCGCGCGAGUGCUUUGGUGAGACAGUGCGAAGGGGCGUUUUUACGAGCGUUGGGAUGCAGAUAUCCUCCGGAUGAUUUAUGUUUGGUCGGGGCGCGAUGCGUCGAUGUCGACCGGCCCCGGAAAACGGACCUGCUGAACGACAUAAUAGGCGACGGCUUCCUUUGGGCGGUGCCCAAGAGCAGGAGGACGUUGGAAAAGAGGCAGAAGCGGCGCUUCGGGCAUCCCGAAUACAUACUUAAAAUACUGCGUCCGCGGAAGGAUUUAAGGACGUGCCAUACUUGCGGCGACGACUACGAAGCGGGCACGUUGUGUCCUUCGUGCUAUAAACGAGUGAUCGACGAAACUACGACGAUGCAAGACGCGAUACAAGAAGAGCUCAAGCUCGAACCAGUCGAAAAUGAGGUCGUGGUGUUGUACGAGGGCGAAAAAGAUGACAAGCCCGACGAGUUUUGGCAAGGGAAACGUAUUGUGGAAAUGCAAAAGCCUAGACCGGCAUGGUUUAGCCAGAACCUCUUGCAAAAGUCUACGCAAAAGCCAGCGGACACCAACGAUGUUAAGCCCUCCGAGUUGGGCUGAAGUCAGUUCCUCACCCUGUAGAGUUAAUUUUUUUCGUGUAAUUCCUUAAUUUGAAAGUAUAAAACCAGUUUUGCAAUGCAAGGUUAGGCAAGUUU